UAUGGAUUUGUUCAUUACUUGGGAAAAUGAUGCUAAUCACCUCGUCGACGACAUCGAGUGGAUACAAAUUCAUGGCACGUGCUGGGCGUAUUCUCUUAGGCGGCACAUGAAUGCGGCAUGUAGAAUUGCGAACUUAAUUGAUGCAGAAUCCCUCUCUCUGGCCUACUUGGUCAACUACAUGAGAAUGACUUCAGGGCUUUCAGACACCUUGGGUCUUUCUUCCUUUGAUCCGGUUAGGCCCUUCCUGAUGUUGGAGGGUAUGGUCCUGGAUGAUGAUUAUCGAAUGUUGUUUGCUCAAUUUAUGAGGAUCCCGGAACUCCCACUUCCGAGGGGAAUUCGUCGUUUCGUAGUUACGGACAUGAUAAUUCAUUCUCUAGAUCACUAUCAUUCCCCUAUUACAGAGGGGAAUCCCAAACUACCCAUCGAUACUUUCGUUCAUAGCAAACCCCCCUCAAAAUGUAACUUAAGAUCUAUAUAUAUUAUUUGGUUUCGAGACAGUUCUGGGUUAAUCAACGGUGGCUUCAUGAAUGUUGAGAUGGGUAAAGGAAUCAUUGUCAAGUUUGUCGAGCUGAUUGGAGCAUAUGUCAUUAUGUGAUCGGUGCCGAAAUGAUCUAGGGCCUGCUAUGGCGAUGCCUCUAUCUCUACCCCCUAUUUAUAUAAAUGAUUUCUAUUACUUUACUUCGAUCCAUCUUUUGCUGUUUCAUAACUUAUCAACAUCUUUCGGUACGCGUUUAAUUGUUUCGGUAAUUGGAUAUUUGUAGUGAUGACC